CAGUGUCGUUGCGCCGUGCGUGGGGCUUUCGGACUUCCAUGAACGCCCGUGUGUAGCACAAUGGGACAGGAGCGAGGGAGGAGAGUAGAGGAAAUUAAGAGUGCAGCAGAUUGAUGAGACGCCAGGUGAAGGUGAGGAAGAGAGACCAGCAAUAAUGCCACAGCCCAGAAUGAUGCUGGUGGUGACAGGAGAUGAUUUUGGCUACUGUCCCAGGAGGAACCAGGGGAUUGUGGAUUGCUUCCAGGCUGGAGGCAUCUCCAAUGUCUCGUUGCUGGUUAAUGGCUCGGCUGCAAAACAGGCGGCAGAUCUGGCUAAAAGACACAACAUUCCCAUUGGCUUGCAUGCCAACCUGUCUGAAGGCAUACCAGUGUGUCCGAGCCUCCAGCAGUCCUCCACGCUCGUAAACCAGCAUGGCUUCUUCCAUGGGAAGAUGGGCUUUCGUCAGGCGUUGCAGAGAGGAGAACUCAGCAUGAAACAGGUGGAGCUGGAGUUGAGGGCCCAGGUCGGGCUUUUCGUGGAGCUGAAUGGUCACCUACCCGAGCACAUGGACGGACACCAACAUGUUCACGUCCUCCCAGAGGUCCGUGAAGUGUUUGCAAAGGUUGUCUCAGAUCUCAGGAUCCCCUACACUCGUGUUCCCGUGGAGCCGGGUCUAUACAGCUGCCCGUGGAUACCAGCACACCUGCACAAAUUCUACAAGCAGGUGGAGAAGGACGCUCUGGAUGCCAUCCCAGUGUUCAGACGCCAUGGAAUCAGGUGGCCAGAUGUGUACCUGGGACUGACCACCAUGGGGCAGAACAUGUCCAUCCCAAGCCUGCACAGGGCCCUCAGCUACGCCUUGGCUGCAAACCCUUCAUCCUCUACCUCCAGCUCUGUGCAGGGUUCACAUCAGCCUGUGGUCACAGCUGAGCUCAUGGUCCACCCGGGGUACCCCAGUCACCCCAAGGAGGGAGGCUGUGGAGAGGGCCCCGACGACUUCUCCCAGUCUGCUGACAGGCAGCACGAGCUGAGUGUUCUCAAAGAUCCGUCUGUGCUGGCUCUCUAUUGCCAAGAGAGAGUGCAGCUCUGUGCCUUCAGAGACCUGUGACUGCCCUCAGCUUCCAAAUGUUGCUCAGUUACCACUGAUGUUUGUAGUAACACGACUUUAUGCUGCCCUACAAACUGAGACUGAUCCAAUUAGCUGGUAGCAGCCUUUAAUGAGUGGGACUGUCCAUGACCGGCUCUGAGUCUAGCCUGAGGAUGGCUGUCAGAGCAGCACAUGAUACACUGUGUAGAAAUGUCUAAUGAAGGCACAGCGUUCACUGCAACACUGUUUUAAACUAAUGAAUCAUUUUACUAAAAUAAUCAGCAACAUAUGUUCAGAGCUCCCAUCAUAAGUAUGUCUGGCUCAUUAUAGAAUAAAGGAGCUGUAUGUGUGUUCAUGGCCCUGGUUUCCACCUGCUGAGCAGGGACACUUUUGAACUAUCUCAGGUCUGGAUGUGUGGAACUACAGAGAGCUUCAGUAGUCUUUAUAGAUAUGUUCUUUGUAUUUCAAAGCUCAUAUUUUCAUGUUGAAACCGUUUUCUGUCUGCUGUCAUCAAACAUCAGAACUGAACAGCUCUGGGGAAUAAAUGAUGGUGAACUUUUUUUCUUUGUUGUUUCUUUCAAACCACUUGCAGCGUAAACCUGAUCACCAACAACAAAUGCCUUAAUUAUCUUAAAGUGCCAGUUUUUGACUUUCUGCAUCCAUCUGUGGGAAGCUGCAUGAAAUCUAAAUAAAACCAGAUGCUGU